UCAAGGGCGGGACGGCGGCUCCUCCUGGGGACAGAGGGGCUGCCGACUCUGGUGCCCGAGUUGUGAAGGAAGCGGCAACUUGUUUAGGCAGAAAAGGGCGGAAUCGCCUCUUGGUCACAUGGUGGGGAGGCGGGGCGAGUAGUUUUAUAAACAGCGAGCGCUUGCCGUCUUCGAUCAUGUUUUCAUGCCGGCCGCCUCAAUGGAGCCUCAGAGAGCGCCGGAGGAUCGACGGGUCUGGCUCACCCCCGCCGUUCGCUGCGCGCUGGUGCUAGGAUAUUGCGUCCUGAUCGGUGCGGUGGCGGCGCUGGCCGUGAUCCUGACCAGGCAGCUUUCGCUCCAGUCUCCGAGGCAGCAGGGGAUGCAGGAACAGAACCAGAACUGGACUCAGCUGGCCCUGAAUGAUACCAAAGAAAUAAAGGAAAAGCAGCUGCAGUGGUCCUCCAAUGAGAGACUUAGAGAAGUAUUCCUCAGUCCAGGUUUCGAAUACAACAGCACUCUAAAAAUGCUAAAGAUUCAGGAUGAAGGCGCAUACUACAUCUAUGCCCAGAUGUCUGUUAUAUUAUUGGCCUCAGGCUCUAAAGAGAAGGGGAAUGCUACCCUCAUCAUCCAUCAUAAGACUUCCCGCAGUUCUGUUCCUAUUGUGACCAUCAUCUUGCGCCUGGCUCCUGGUUUAAAGCAAUGCCUCACUGAAUUCAUGGCUAUCUCAUCCUAUCAACUGGGAAAGGGUGAUUAUCUCUAUGUGACACUAACAGCAAGCACAGACACGAACUCCAAAGAAUUCACUGGCUGGCAGCUUUAUGAUCAUGGUAACCUCUUUGGUCUCUCUCGCAAUUUUAAUCCAGAAGUAACUAGAAGUAACCCUUGCUCAGAUGUUACCUCAUGAAUGGAGUGAAUGUUCCAGGACUGCAGGAAAUUUCUUCCACAUGGUGUCGGAGAAGAUUUAUCCAGACUAGAAGCCAUGACCGUAGCUGCUUGUGGGAUCAUACAGACUAGUGUCUUGGCUGAAAGAGGACCAGACUGUCCACACAAAAAUGUGUUAUUUAUUUGUUCAAAUAAUAGCAGUGAAAAGACAUGGCUUUGGGAACUGGGCUAAUGUGGGGAAUGGUACAAGUCAGGACUAUAUUGUACUGUGGGUCAGUCUCUUUAUGAGAGUAAAGAGAGAAAACUGGACAAACUGAUCUGUUAGGAAGAGUAGGUGUCAAGACCCUGCCUCUAGGAAUGAGGUUGGGCUAGAUCCCCAUGUGCCCUUUCUUCCACAGUUGCUCCGAUAGUAUGCCAGUGUCAAAAGCAUCACCCAGAAUGCUUACUGGGAUAAUUGCGGGGGUGAGGGGAUGAAGCUUUGCCUCUAUCGAAGUAGUAAAAGAGCACACUAAUUAUUUAUUUCCUCUCCCAUCUCUCAAACCUAGCACCUAGAAAGUAGCUAGCACUAAAGUAGCCCAGUUCCAGGCUAGAUUAUUGUUAUUGGGAAACUAAUUUAUAUUUUUAAACUAAUUUAUAUUUCUAUAAUAAUAUGAUAUAAUAAAAUAUUAGUAUUUUAUUUUGAAUUGAACGAGAAAUUACAUGCAUCUGGUUUUGAUGUAAGAAAGUCUGAUCUAGUGCCUACAUGCAGAGUGAUCUGAUUAUGGUGCUCAGCUCUCCUUAUCUCAGAUAUAUGAGUGAAAUGUGUUGCCUGUUGUAAUGCCAGAUAAAAUCCUGGUACGAAAGGUUUGGGGAACACUAUAUGAAGGACUCAACCUGACUUGUCUGUAGUUGGCCAAGAUGAUAGAUUUGGACUCAACAGUAUAUGAGGGCCUCUGUUUAUUUCACUGGGGCAAAUGUGCAUGUAACUUUAUAAUGAAGGUAUAUUUAUUACACAAUUGUGUAAUUAAAAAAAUAAAUGUGGAUUUCUUAUAUAUG